CCUUGGAAGGCACCUACUGAUAUCACCCGUCAAUCAGAAGCCCCGCAAGAAGCUCCAACUUUGGAAUGGCACGGCGCGCCGGAAUUUAAAUCACCUGAUCCUGCGUUACCACGUGCUUUUCGACAAAAAGUGCGGGACGGGUACUUGACGGGACCGACCAAUGGCGCGUGUCCUGGAUUUCUGCAGUGCAAUGUUGUUAUAUUACCUCAGGGACAAACCGCAUUCGACUUUUUACUCUUCUGUCAACGCAAUCCAAAGUCAUGUCCCCUUAUUGACGUCUGCGAUGUAGGAUCGCCACACCCUUGGGGUGUGGCGCCUCUAGCGGAUCUUCGUACUGACGUUCCAAAAUAUGCUAUUUACAGAAAUGGUAAGCUCGAACAAGAAGUCACAGACGCGACAUCUUUUUGGCCCGAAAAUUCUGUUGCAUUUUUAAUUGGUUGCAGCUUUUCCUACGAUGGUGCGUUGAUGGAAGCAGGUAUUCCUCUUCGAUCUGCCGAGCAGGGCAAGAACGUGCCUAUGUACCGGACCAGCCUUAAAUGUCGCAGCGCGGGCAAGUUGCACGGGAAUGUGGUGGUUUCCAUGAAACCCAUCCCAGCGCUGCAGAUAUCGAGGCACGUCGAAAUCACCUCCAAGUAUCCGCACGCACACGGAGGGCCGGUUUGUAUUGGGCGACCCGAUGUCAUUGGUGUAUUUGACCUGGAACGACCAGACUGGGGCGAAGCGAUUGACUUGGGCCCAGACGAAGUGCCCGUGUUCCAUGCGUGUGGUGUGACACCACAGGCAGUCCUCAUGGACUCGAAGGUGCCCUUUGCCAUUACGCACGCAGCAGGGCACAUGUUUGUGACGGACCUACCGUCUAAUAUGGGGGUUUAA